GCGAGGGUGAGGGGAUAUUCCCGCGUUUGGCGGCAAUUCGAGAAAACACAGAAAAGAAGCGUUGCCGGCUGAGAGCAGGAAAAUUCCAGCCAAUGGGUCAACGCAUUGGGUACUAUAAAAGUGACGCCUGACUCUGCCGGAGAGUCAAAGUUGGUCUAAGCGCUCCAAUCCAAGCACCCUCCAGCCAACAUGGCAAGCAAGUUGUUCGUUAUCGUGGCCCUUGUGGUCGUUGUUGCACUGGCCUACGCUGAGGAAGAGAAGAAGGAAGAGAAGAAGGACGACGUCGAAGGCCGGAUUGGCUUCGGCGGUGGCUAUGGCCAGCAGUCAGGCGGCAACCAAUACGGCUUCAACCGUGGAAGCUCAGGCUUCAACCAGGGCAGCGGUGGCUUUGACAGCGCCAAUCGCUACAACAAUGUGCAGGGCUUCAGGAACCGCGACGGCUACCGCACCAACCAAGGCUACGACCGGAACUCCUUCAACCGCUACGGAUCUGGUGGUGGAGGCUUCAACACUGGCUUCAACCGUGGUGCUGGUGGUGCCUUCAACCAGUACGGAUCUCAGGGAGGAGGCUACCUCGGCUGAGCUGAGAGAACGUACCUGAUAAGCUACGGAAGAACUGCCAAAAAGAAAACUAUCUUUCAUGACUUGAUCCCAGGGACCUGUUCUGAUAGUCUAACGUGGAAACUACAAUUCAACUGAAGUGAAAUCACUGUCGCCAUUAAGAGAAAAACUGCUCACUGUAAAUACAGCUGAGAAAAAUGAAAAUAAAGCAUGUUAUUUAUUUUCUCAGA